AUGUCCUCCGUCGCACCGUCCAGAUCCCUUCAAGCUUCGGCUUUGACGUUUGUUAUUCUGUCUAUUGGACAUACGGUCCAGGGUAGACAGUGGACGGCCGAGAAGGUGUUUAAGAAUAUCAAGGGGUCUAAGCCUUGGGCUUGUGGGACUGUGGGGUGGUUCCAGGGAAGCGCAUUCCUGCUUAUGACUGGUAUCCUCCACUACCAGUGGUCCAACAACCCCACUGCGCUACAGGAUCCCCUGAACAAGGCGCUGGCUAGUAUCGCCAAUGCCAUUCUCUGGGCUAGUUCGGCGUGGUAUGCUAAGACAGGGGUGAAUGAUAAUGCGGUGUUGGUGGGAUUGUCGGCUGCGCUGCAGGCUUAUUCUGUUUUCUCGCAGUAG